AAGAACUGUAUGUUUCUGAACGAGAAGGCAACGAUUCCACUGGUGAUGGGACCCAAAAGAAGCCAUUCAAGACUGUUUUAAAGGCCUUGAUGACAGCAGGAAAGGAACCGUUCCCUACUAUUUAUGUGGAUUCACAAAAAGAAAACGAGAGAUGGGCCAUUAUUUCCAAGUCGCAGAUGAAAAACGUGAAGAAGCUGUGGCACAGGGAGCAGAUGAAGAACGACGCUAAGGAGAAGAAGGAGGCAGAAGAUCUCUUGAGACGAGAGAAGAACCUUGAGGAAGCCAAGAAGGUCGUUAUCAAGAAUGAUCCUAGUCUUCCAGAGCCGAAAUGCGUGAAGAUUGAUGCGCUGGAGGCUUACAGAGGCCAGAGAGUGAAGAUCUUUGGCUGGAUCCACAGGUUACGUAGGCAAGGGAAAAAUUUGAUGUUCAUUGUUUUGAGAGAUGGCACAGGCUUUCUUCAGUGUGUCCUUUCGGAUGAGCUGUGUCAGUGUUACAACGGGCUGGUUCUCUCUACGGAGAGCAGCGUUGCGGUGUAUGGUACGCUGAACCUCGUUCCUGAAGGCAAGCAGGCUCCGGGGGGCCACGAGCUGAACUGCGAUUACUGGGAGCUCAUCGGCCUGGCCCCAGCAGGAGGGGCUGACAACCUGCUCAAUGAGGAUUCGGAGGUUGAUGUGCAGCUCAACAACCGGCAUAUGAUGAUUCGAGGCGAGAACAUGUCCAAAAUCUUCAAGGUGCGCUCCAUGGUGGUGCAGGCCUUCAGGGACCACUUCUUUGCCAACGGGUAUUACGAAGUCACACCCCCAACGUUAGUCCAGACGCAGGUGGAAGGCGGCUCAACCCUGUUCAAACUGGAUUAUUUUGGGGAAGAGGCGUACUUGACACAGUCGUCCCAGCUUUACCUGGAGACCUGCAUUCCAGCGCUGGGAGAUGUUUUCUGUGUCGCUCAGUCGUACAGAGCGGAGCAGUCCAGGACCCGCAGGCACUUGGCUGAGUACACUCACAUUGAAGCUGAAUGUCCUUUUAUAAGUUUUGAGGAUUUACUGGACCGCCUGGAGAACUUGGUUUGUGAUGUGGUAGACAGAGUCUUGAAGUCACCUGCGUCGAGCUUACUGUACGACCUGAACCCGGGCUUCAAGCCUCCUAAACGCCCUUUCCGACGCAUGAACUAUACGGAAGCCAUUGAGUGGUUAAAGGAACACGAUGUGAAGAAGGAAGAUGGAACUUACUAUGAGUUUGGGGAAGAUAUUCCCGAAGCUCCGGAGAGGCUGAUUUUUUUGCCCAUCUUGUUGUGCCGGUUUCCUGCGGAGAUAAAGUCUUUCUACAUGCAGCGCUGCCACGACGAUGCCCGGCUCACUGAAUCU